CAGGCCGGUGCGCUUGCAGGAAAAUGGCGGUGCGAUAACCUGUGUUUUGAAACGUAACGUUGUAUGUUAUCGCUUACACGAAUGGAUAUCUCAAACAUGCUUGAAGUACAAGUGGACGAAGUGAAGGAGGUAGACAUUAAAGAAAACGUAACUCCCAAGGAAUUACUUCCGAGUACCACUAAUGUUCCAAUACCUAUUUCUCAAGAGGAAUAUAAUUAUUACAAGCUUAUGUUUGGCAAUGAUAUCUCAGUAGUGCAGUUCCAAAGACUGCAUUGUACCGCAUGCGAUGCACACAUUGGCUCUGCACCAGCAGAUGCUCAUAACAUGUUUGAACAUCCUGUAUUACAUACAUUACUGUGUGCAAAAUGCAAAGAUUUCUAUGGCGAUGGCACUUUUGAACAAGGUGAUGAUGAUACAGAUAUGUUUUGUAGAUGGUGCGCAAAUGGUGGUAACUUAUACUGCUGUUCCUUUUGUAGUAACACUUUCUGUUACAAAUGUAUUAAAAGAAACUUUGAUCCCAUAUUGAGAAAAAAAAUUGAAGCAGUUGAGAGAUGGAAAUGCUUUGUCUGUGAUCCCACAGAUUUGUAUAAUGCUAGAGGAACUUGUUGGGCCUUGCUUCAGCAUAUUCAAACGAUAAAUAGAAUAUAUCAAAAUUGUAAGUUGCCUCAAGAGGAAAUAGACGAUAAAAUGAACACUGACGAAUCGAAAUGCUGUCCGCGCAGAAGAAAACGGAAGCGUCGACGAAAUGGCUCGAAUUCGGAAGAAGAGGAUGAAACUUACAUACCCAAACAAAUAGUACCAAAUGCUAUUCCCAAACGCAAAAAAAAGGGUCGUGGCAAAACAAAAUUUUCCAACGGUAAUAGUAUAUCUAUGUCUGAUAAAUAUAUCGGAAUAUCAGACGACACUUGCACGGAUAACAAUAGAAUAUUACCAUCUUUACUCUCAUGCGAGCAAACGAUGGUUGAAUGCGAAAAUACCACUAUUGGAGCGGACGGUACUAUUAUCUCGCAAUCUCAAGUAAACCCUGGUCAUCAUAGAAUGAAUCUCCCCAUUGCUCAACAGCCAACGAUAUAUAACACAGCUGUUAUGAAUGUUGUUGCAAAUUCUAAUUUUUUGCAAUCUUCAUCAUCUAUUGCACCUCGUCGUCAUGUAUCUACUUCGCUAAACCAGACGAAUCAAGUGAAUUUAUACCAGACACUACAUUCUACGCCAACGUCAAUGGUUACUAUACCUAAUCAGAACAUUAACUUAAUACAUCGACCACGCUUCUUCUUGCCUAAGCCGCAGGCACCGCGUACAAACACGAACUUGAAUAUCAUUGAGAUCGAAAGUGAUUCAGAAGACGUAGCGGUUGUCGGUCCGUCAGGAGUUCCACGACCUACUAGUAGUUCCAAUAGCAGUUCCAAUAGUAAUGACAAAGCAGUACCUGUUGCUCUUCUAAGUUCAUCUUCUAAGAAUAAUUAUACUAUUACAGUGAAACAAGAUGUACAAAAAAGGCAUAACGCGAAAACAUUAAACCAAAGGUUACUUCCUCAUGGCAAAGAGAUUAAUAGUAUUCUACUUCAUUUAAAGAUGAAAUUCCAAGAUUUGUUCGAUACGGCUAAACGAGAGGAAUUUAAAAACUAUGAACCGACCGACGCUCGUCUUUUAAUCAAACAGUUUCAUUCUGACAUACGCGAUACUGUGACUCAAUUAGCGUACAUUAAUGACAGAAUAAUACGUGAAUAUAAUAGGUGGAGAAAAUAUUCAACAAAAAUGGGACUUACUCAGUCUAUAGAUAAGAAUAAUAUUCGCAAGACUUAUCGCGGAAAGCGCGAAGAAAUACCUCUUGAUAUGAUUUGCGUAAAUGAAUCCGACGAGGAUUCCAAUAUUAACGAUGAAAUAGAGUACGGUAUUAUGGGCCCAUCUGAUCUGGUUGGUAAUACAAAUGUGGUCGAUGGAAUAAAUUUCUUCAAAAAGAGAAGCACUAUAGAACGAGCUGUAGGCAACCAUUCUGUUCUAUUGGUAGAUAAAUCUGUACAAAUAAAUUCUGCGGAAUUGGAAAAUUAUGAUAGGUCUAUAUUGUAUUUUGCGUUGACAAAAAGUAAUAAACAAUCGGGGAAAAAGGAUAAUGUUUCGAUAUCGUCUGUAAAAAAGGGCAAUAAGCAAUCUGCCAGUUACGAAGAUCAUUUUAUUCAGUUCUUACAAAAACAGAGUGUGAACUCUCAAAGCAAGCAAGCUGAAAAUUCUGAAGAGUUGCCCGAUCCAAACGAAACAUCAUUAAAGGAUCUAAUAGAGGCUAAUUCGCCAUACGUUUCUGAAAUGCUAGAAACUAUGGAUAAGUCAACUGCUUCAAGUAGCAAUAUUUCAAGUAUUUCUGUUAAGAAGGAAAGCGAUCUGAAGUUCUAUGAAUCGCGACAGGGAAACUCAAUUACUUGCAGAGUUGUUGAUGAUGUUUCGAAAAUGGUUAGUAAUAUAAAUGACGAUUUAGUUAAAAAGACUGCCGCGAAUGAAUUUAUUGAUAAUAAUUCGAGGAAAGAAGCUAAAACACAAAAAGGACAUUUUUCCAUUACAGGUGAAGUUGAUAUAGUAAAUGUAACAAAAAAUAAAGGACAACAUUUGAGCAUAACCAGUACUAUAGAAUCUGAAGAUGACUGUACUAUUAUUGAUGAUUAAUUAAAAAAUAGUUAUUUAACAUCUUUCGUGAGUUUCAUUAGUACUUUAAUCGAAUUAUUUUCUAUUUAUUAUUUAUGAUUAAUCAGUUGUGCGAGUAUUGCUUUGAAAAAUUAUAAGUAUAGAAAUCAGUAUCACAGAAAACACCUUAUCAUUUCUAUUUAUCUUUACAUGAUGAUACGAUAUUUUGAAUUUGUCAUAGCAAUUCUCGUACAUUUGACUGUACUAAAAAAUUCCUAAUUGAUCACUCAAUAUCUUUAAGAUACAUAGGUAUAUAUUUUUCACGAAAUUUUUGGAAACUGUUUUGUUAAUUUAUUAAGCUAUAUACUAAUUAAAAUUAUAGGUAAUACCAAUUAAUAGGAUAAGAAUACCAACAAUAUUGUUUAUUUUUAGAUAAGUAGAAAGUUGUCAUAGUUUUGUUUUGUACAAAUAUUAUACAAAAUGAAUGAUGUAAAAAGUCCUAAUAAUGUUUUUUUUACAUAAUUGAUAAUUGUUAGAGCAGGAAAUUUCUUGCACAAAUUCAGCUUAUAAUAAUUUUUGUACACUUAUUAUUUUCGGAAUUAUCGAAUAAGAUGGAGAACUUGAUGUAUGAAUAUUUUUAAUGUCAGUAUAGAUAUGUUUCAUAUGGUUAUCUAACGAUAUAGUUACAUUUACAUAAAUAUUAAAUGUUCAAUCAUUAUAAGCGAAUAGAUAAGCAAGAAUGGCGGAAAAGAAGGCCACGAAAAUGUUGAGCAUGUUUUAUAUAUACUAACGUAUUAUAUGUAUAAUAUCAUGUUAAAAUAAUUCAAGCUAUAGUAAAUGGCAAAUUCAUCUGUUAACUUUAAGUAAAGCUGAAUCUGAAGAAUAAAUUUCUUUCAAACCGUUAA